UCCCUUGUAUAAACCCAAGUGUCAGCACCGUCACUCACAUCAACCGCACGGUGACGCCUGCUUCUCGCAAUGAGUCAAGACACAAUACUAGGAAAUCCCCACGGCUGAGAAAACCACGACAGGGCCCCUUUAAAUUGACGUUUUUUUGGUGUCGUGCCGAGAGAGAGAGAGAGCGCGCGAGCUAGAGGAGAGCACUCACAAACAACAACACAGUUCACAGAAGCCGUUUUACCGGAUUCAGCUCUUUAGUGCGGCCUCUAAGAAGAGAAGGCAGCGAGGACUUUCCCUCUGCUAUUUCCAUCACUUAAUCGGCUGUUUUCCAUACAUUCAUUGUUGAAUGCCAUUGCGGAAGUGAGAAUCUUCAACACGCGACAACGCUUGGGCAGUGCGGACAUCUAGCGGCCAGUCAGGAAUAAAACAAACAAACAAACAAAAAAACGCCUCCUUAACGAUGUAUGGAGCUUCAGGUAUCCCCGAACUCAUCCCACCCAGCGGGCCGCCCCGGCAGCCAGGACCGGCGGGGCAGUUCAACCCAGGACACCCCCAGGUGAACAGACAUGACGGCGGGCCCAACCCCCAGAGACUCGGACAGAGGGCACCCAAACUGGGCCAGAUCGGUCGGUCCAAGAAAGUGGACCUGGAUGAUGAAGAUCUGGAUGACAUCAUGAACAACAAUGGGCAGUGUCCCGUAUCCCUGUCACCCAUCUCCUAAACUUCACCAAGAAGUGCCAAAACCAGAAAUCCCCUGGGACGCCAAAUCCCCUUCCCAUCAGUGCUCUUGGCCUCGAUCCUGUCAAGUGUCCUGCAGAAGCUUCUGAUGGCUCAUCAAAGCUCAAGCGGCUUUUUUAGCGGCAGCUGAAGCCCAGGCCCUGAUUGUAUAUAGUGUCUAUUUAAAUCACUUACGCUCAGACUGUGAAUGAAUCGUACCGCAUUGCUCUCUUAUUCUAUACCUCGGUAGGCAGUGAACUUUCAGGACUUGAGGAAGAUUUUGGACAAAGUGUAUUUUUCGAAGCUUCAUAAUAAGGGCUACAUUGCUAAAGUUGCACUGAGCAAACGGGUAGAUGACAAGCAGCCGCUCACCUGUCAGUUUCUGGUGAAGGGUAACUGAUUGUCUGCGGGUUGGCUGUGUGAGGGAACACAAGCCUGUAAAUGUGUAUCACACAAGUGAAAUGUUAAUCUUUGGUUGUGCAAUGACUAUCGUUAUCUACUCUCACACUGAUCCAUGUUGUGUACUGUUAUUUACUGAAUCAUGGCUUGCUAUUUAUAGAAAAAAAGAAUCGGCUAAUUAUUAUUUUUGAAAAAAUGAUUGAUUUUUGUUGUGGCGUUAUAGCUGCUUUAUGUUUUUUACUUGUUUCUGAAUGCACAUGGCUUCAGUCAUCUAUAAUUGAGAUUUAUUGUUUCCAAUGGUGCACUUUGUGGGAAUGCCUGUUAUGUGCAGUGACAUGUUACAGAAUUCUAUGCAUGAAGUCUGUGUAAGCAUCAAAACACGUAACUGGUAUCCUGUUGUAUAAGGGCUAUGUAGUAGUUUUUUAAACCACACCACUGUUUUUUUUUUUUUUUUUUUUUUGCUCUUUAGACUGCAGAUUCAACGUUUUUCUCUCAGCUCAUUGUUAACCUGAGCUGCAGACUCGGCAGGAAAAUGUCACAAACAGACUUAUGGAGCUUUUGUUGGCCUUCAAAGGGAGAAUUCCCCAGUUGUCCACACAAACUGUGAGAAUAAACGUAAAGUUCAAGAUAUUUAAAUGCCAAAUGAGACUUGACGCUGGAUUUAUAAUUAAAAAAGAUUGUGGGUGACACUCUGUUCUGUGAAAUGGAAAACUCAUUUGUGUUAAUUAUUUAUAAAGCACUAAACGUCUUGGGCGUCAUCUUUAAGAUUUAGAUGGACUAUUUAAAGGUAUGCUCAACAUUAGAGACUAUAAUUACAGGAUGAGAUCAUGAAAACAAGCAGCCUCUGAUUAGCCAGCACUGCUGAGACAAUCUUAAAAUGAUGUAUUUUUUGGGUUUCAUGGCUGUUGCAGGUGAUCUCAGGUUGAGAUAAUUGCCUAUAAAAGCUCAUGCUGAUGUCAUGUUACUUUGUAGGCUGUAAAGUUGUUACUAGUUUACUUACCUGUUUUGCGUCAUGAAUUGUUGCAUUGCACAGCUCCCUCUCUGAUUCAGAGAUUGCUCUUUUGGGUUGUGAUUGCCUUUUGCAUGGAAAUGUUCAACUUUUCAUAAUGCAUCUCUGGAAAUAAAGUAUGACUCUUUGUGG